AGGCCGGACCAAACUCAGACAUCUGGAAACUUUUGAAACUAGAGUAAAGCUUCCCAGAUGGAAAAAUACAUCAAGUCCAAAGGUUGGGAAUCAGGAAUGAAGACAAACUCAUUGGGGGAAGAGAAGCACGGGGGAGAGAGAACAGCAAAGAAAGAUUCUUGAAACGUAUGCUGCUGCUGCUGCUGCUGCUUCAGGACAAAGAAAGCAAGCAAGAGGAAAAGCAAGGGAUUUGAAAGUGGGAGUACAAAACGCAAGCUAACAGCAACAACAUUAGACAUCCUCAAGGAUGUCAGCAUCUCGCAAAUGUUUGUGCUGCGUCAAAUAUGUGAUGUUUGUCUUUAACCUCAUCUUCUGGCUGGGAGGAUGUGGAUUGUUCGGCGUAGGAGUGUGGCUGUCCUUCACCCAGUCCGAGUUUUCAUCUCUUCCGCUCUCCUUUCCGUCGCUCUCGGCAGCCAACCUGCUGCUGGUGGCCGGCGGGAUCACCAUGGUAACGGGCUUUCUCGGCUGUCUCGGGGCCCUCAAGGAGCAACGCUGCCUGUUGUGCAUGUUCUUUGUUAUCCUGUUGCUCCUGGUCCUGACAGAAAUCGCUCUAGCGCUGGUCGUACACAUCUUUCGAGAUAAGCUGGAUUCCAAAGCACAGGGUGAAUUAAAGGAAGGGAUGAAAAGUUAUGAAUCGGAUCCUGGGCUGAAGAAAUCUUGGGAUAAUGUCCAAAAAAUGUUCAAAUGCUGCGGCGUGACCAACCAAAGCGACUGGUACGAAGUACUCAACGGAACGCUGCCGUCGUCCUGCUGCUCCGUCGGGAUUGACCAAUGCGCUGACGGAUGGAAAGGGCUCGUUUACACCGAGCCUUGUUAUAACAAGGCCAGGGAUUGGCUCCUGGAAAACAUUCCAUCCGUUUUGGUGUUUGGCGUGUGCGUUGGUGUUGUGCAGAUCUUGGCCCUGGUGUUCUCCAUGCUGAUGUACUGCCAAAUCAUGUGUGCUGAGAAGUAUUUGGACUGAGUGUGAGUGAGCUGCAUUUCCUCUUUGUUACGCUCGUAAAUCAAUGCGCUUAAUCGGAUCAAUAGCAUUUUUUUGUCCAUCUGCUUUGGACAAAGUCAAUUAUAAUGAUUGAGAGCUCUUUUACGACAAAGCCAUUAGAAGAUGACUGGAUAAUAACUAAGAGAGAUCUUGCUCAUCUUGCCCUCGUUAGGAUCACGGGUGAGCUGGAGCACACCUUUCCAUGUUCUUGGAAUGUAAAAAGAAAUAUACAGACAUUCAAUUGAAGGCAACUACAGGAAUAGUCAUCCAGAAUAUAGAAGGCAUGGAAAGUGCAAGUGCACAAAGUAAAAUAUGUGCGACGAUUCAAUACGGGAUCUUUGUCUUACUGAAGGUUGUUUAUACAACAUGUAAAAUAUGUUAUAAUACCAAUUUGCAUAUAUGUAUUUGUGAUAUGAAUUUAUUUCUGCACUAUGUUCCCAGGCUGCUUUUUUCAACAGUUAUGGGAUUUGAUGAAUGUUUUUGUUCUUCUUUUUGAUUUGUUAUUGUGCCUUAUGUUGUCUGACGUCUCCUUUUGUUUUGUGAGUAACUCAUAAUUGAUGGCUCUAAAUUAACUAUUGCAGAUCUGAGCUGAAAUGCAUCAAAAAGCAUUAUACAGGAUUCCUUCCAGUCAAUAUUUUAUUUCCAAAAUCUUUUUUUUUUUCAGACCAAGAUCUUAUUUGCAUUCAAUCAAGUGAUAAUGUUUUGUAUUGUAUCACAUUCCCUUUGUCCACUCUCAAUUUUUGUACAGUGCAAAAAGAGCAAUUUUAUAAUAAAGCUCAUUGAGCAAGCAAAUA